AGCGGCCACAGAAAAUGCUUUAAGCACGUAUCCAAUACUUGUUUACGUGCGUCAUUGACAAGAAAUACCAUUGAGAAAUUCUACCACGUUGACUUCAAUUUCUGCUGCCAUGAAAGAGGAAGACAAAGUGGCAGGUUCAAGCCUGAUGCUGGGCUAUGAGACCAUCAAGGAAGAAACAUUUUUGUUCGAGGAAUCUGACUGUUUUCAUUAUGAAGGUGGCAGUGACUUGGAUUUGAAAACUGAGGAUUCCUCAUAUGAGGAUGAUGAAGAGUCCAAUGAAGCAUUGGAACUGAAUACUGUACUUAGCAAAAACACUCUUGAAAAGAAUGAGAAGGCCAGCCCUAAGAAAAGAAUUCAAGAGUCUGAUGGAAGAACAAGAAGUUCUUUGACCUGUAAGUUGUGCUGCAAGAAGUUUUGCCGUGCAGGUAACCUACGGAACCAUUCUCUAGUGUGUGAAGGUGGGGGGCCAUACAUAUGCAAAUUGUGUGGUAAAGAAGUUGCAAACCAAGAGAACCUUGACAGACAUGUUGAAGAGUUGCAUAUGAUAGGAGUAAAAAGAUUUAUGUGCAAUGAAUGUGGGAAAAAAUUCUCCCGAAAAGGCAAUCUGAAAUCACAUAUGGUUGUACACACAAAGGCAAAAAGAGAAAAUCAUUUUGUCUGUCAUAAAUGCGAUGAGGAAUUUGAUGACAGAUCCACCUUAAUGAGACAUGUACGAGGACAUGAUGGUCAAGAGUGCAGAGAAUGUGGCUUGAGAUUCUCAAGGGAACGCCUCAGUGUGCAUAUGGCCAUGCACUUAAGAGAGAAAUUCAGCAAGAAAAAGUUAGCAACUAAAGGCAAGUCACAGAAAUGCCUUCGAGAAAUUACAGAGGAAGAAGUACGCAGGAACUCAAGAACAGUUAGUAAGAAGAGAAGCAAAGAGAAAAAUGGUGAAUUAACCAGCAAGAUAAAGAAAAUCAGGAGUAAUCCUUUAUCUGUCAUGUGGAAUGUGUUUAAUUCAGAGUGAAUGUACCAAAACAUGCCUGUAGCACUCCCACCAGCCAGCACUUAGGUUAAGGCAAUGCAACAAAGUCAUAUGAAAUGUAGUCUAUUAUAUGUUAUAAAUUCUGGAAUUGUCACAAAAAUUAAGUCAAUGAAUGGGAAGAAACAUUGUGUAAAAUAAAGAUAACCAUACUAUGUACGGUAUAGAAAGUACAAAAGUCAUUAUAUAAUCAUGUAUUUUUUAUCAUUAUCAUUACUGACUGAUUGAGCAAAAUUAAAGCACAAUUAUGAUUAUUGUUAGGCUACAGAAUAUUUAAGGCUUUGGGAAGAGUGUAAGAUUUCUUUUUCUUGUUAUCAGACAGCAAUAGGAUAGAUACUCUGUAAGGCAUGUAACAGAAAGAGAAAGAUUUUGUAUUAUUUGCAUGAAAGUAUGGAUAUGGGACUCAACUUGCACAGGUUUUGCUGUACAGGCAUCUUGUCACCACUUUAAACUCCUCAAGAAAGAAAUCAUUUGAGUGAUACUGAUUCUAGUCAGAAAUAUAGUACAACAUGUAUUAUUGAAACUUUCUGCAAUGACUGAAUUUUUCUAAGACAGUAAGUUGCCUGUUAUUUAGGUACAACACACAACCACUCAGCAUUAUGGUGAUUAUAAGAGUAACUGGCAUCCCGUGAAAUCAGUUAAGCUAGUCAUGCAUGUGAGACUAAUGAUGUUAAGUAAUAUUGGCAAUUUUAUAUGUAUAAUUGUAAACCAAAAUGUAUUCAAAAAGGCAUUUCACUUAUUGUAUUCUGAGACAUUUGAAGAUAUUUGUUGUACCCUGGUUGAGUAUUACAGGAAGAUAAAUUUGGAAGUCGGCAAAUAA